CAUCUAUCUCACAUAAUGUGUUAUCUCUAUUACAGAUGGGUUUGGACUGCCCCAGGUCAGCAAACUGCAUUAGAAGAAGCCCUUGGUGUGGGUGGCUUUGGCUACCCAGCAAUGGCUGUUUUGAAUGUACGCAAACAGAAGUUCUCUAUUUUCAAAGGAUCUUUUGAUAAAGAUGGAAUAUAUGACUUUUUAAGGUCGAUUUCAAUGGGUAGGGGAUCCACAGAUAAUCUACAAGGAGGCAAACUUCCAAAUAUUGUCACUCGGGAACCAUGGGAUGGCAAAGAUGGCGAAUUACCAGAAGAGGAGGAUAUUGAUCUUAGCGAUUUUGAUAUGGAUGCUGAUGAGGGAAAAGAUGAAUUGUAAAUUUUAUGCAGCGAAGAGUGCUCAAUUUUUUUUUUCCUCAACAUGGUGGUGGUGGUGGAGAUUUUUAAACAAACUUAGGACAGUUUUUUUCUGCAGGAAAUGCACAUUUCACAUUAUUUAGUUGGGAGGGAUUUCAGUUUUCUAUUUACAGAUUUAUGCAAAUUUUGUGUUAAUAUUUGAUGCCCAGUUUAAUCAUAGAGAAAAAACUAUAUUGUUUAAUGGACACAGUCAGUGACAAGUGUCAUGUUUCUUAUAGUUGGGACAAACUGUAGACAGACAUAAAAGUGGUG